AAGAAAGGAAGGGAGGGAGGAAGGAAGGAAAGGAAGGAAGGAAAAGAAGGAAGGGAAGGAAGGAAGGCAAUCCCAACUCUCAUGGAGCACUUGCAGGUUUCCCUCCCAAUUUUUCUUCUUCACUUUCACGGAAGGAAUCGAAAUGCCUCCGAGAGAAGAAAGGGGGUCUUGGUGUGAUCCCCCCUCCCUGGGCAAAUACAGGCGGCUUCUUACAUUGCUGAGUUGGCGGUCAAGGGCCGUUGCGGGGGACGGGACUCCCGUGCCAUUUUCCCUCUCCCACCAUCCGCUCACCCCACUCUGGCUCCCCACGCUUCCACGCGGCGCCUCCGGAGGCAAACGGCUCCCGGGGAGAGGGGGGCUUUUACAAUCGCGGGGUCCCCUCCCCACCCUAGGAAGGGGGAUCCUGUCCCCCUCCAGGAAGGGCUCGGAAAGGGAGACCCGGCCAGCUGCCCUCACCUGAGCCCGUGGGAGGAGGCGGGGGCGGGAGGCGAGGCCUGGGAGGGGUCCCCACGUGCGGGGGAGGGGGCUGCCUGCCAAGCCCAUUCCUCCUCCCAAGGGAGGGGUUUGGGCGACGGGGAGGCUUGGCUGCGCCCGCAUAAGAGCCCCCGGCCGGCUCCUGGCUGGCUGUUUUCUCUCCCCACCUGGUCGAGGAGGAGGAGGAGGAGGAAGGAAGGAAAGAGCCCGGAGCGCUUAAGGGGCAAUUUACCUGCGCAGGAAAGGCGGCCAGGGAAGCCUUGAGCCGUUGGGGGAAGAAGAGGAGCGAGACCUGCAAGGUGCUAGUCCUUAAGAGGCGAGGACCAGGAAAUUCCUGGUCAACACAGCCGUGUGCGUGAGAGAAAGAACUCUCCUUUGGUGAGAGGCGGCAUCUUUCCAUCCGCUGAGGAGGAGGAGGAGGAACUGCUAUGGACCAGCUGCUGAGUCUCCUCUACCUGAACUUCUCGGAGCAACUGAACCUGCUGGAGGAGCACGGCAUGUCCUGUGGCGAGUCGGUGGGGAACAGCACCUUCCUGAUCGUGGCUUACAGCGUCCUCAUCGCGGUGGGGCUGACGGGCAACCUCUGCCUGGUGUGCGUCAUCGUCCAGCAGAAGGAGAUGAGGAACGUGACCAACAUAUUCAUCGCCAACCUCUCCUUCUCCGACAUCCUCGUGUCCCUCGUUUGCAUGCCCGUCACCGUCAUUUAUACCCUGAUGGACCACUGGAUCUUGGGAGAAGUUGUCUGCAAGGUCAGCCCCUUUGUUCAGUGUGUUUCCGUCACAGUGUCCAUCCUGUCCUUGGUCUGGAUCGCUCUGGAGAGACACCAGCUCAUCAUCAACCCAACUGGGUGGAAACCGGCGGCCAACCACGCUUAUAUGGCCGUCGGUCUCACCUGGGUGGUGGCCUGCGGGAUUUCCCUGCCCUUCCUGUCCUUCACCAUCUUGACCAACGAGCCUUUUCAAAACUUGACCCUUCCCUUCGACUCCUUGGCCAACCACCUGGUCUGCAUCGAGCGCUGGCCCUCCGAUCAGCACCGCUUGUCUUACACCACGUUCCUCCUGCUCUUCCAGUACUGCCUCCCUUUGCUGCUCAUCCUCGCCUGCUACUUCCGCAUCUUCCUACGCCUUCAACGCCGGAAGGACAUGGUGGAGCGAGCCAAUGAUGGCUCCCGGGCCACCAGCCACCGGAAGGUCAAUGUCAUGUUGGCUUGCAUUGUGGUAGCUUUCGCCGCUUGUUGGUUCCCCCUCAUGUUCUUCAAUGCCCUUUAUGACUGGGACCACCAGAAGAUCUCGGUCUGCUACUACAACUUAAUUUUCUCUCUCUGCCACCUCACAGCCAUGGCUUCCACCUGCAUCAACCCCAUCAUCUACGGGUUCCUCAAUAGCAAUUUCCAGAAAGAAGUCAAGGCUUUGCUUUACCGUUGCAGCUGUAGUCGUGAGAAGGAGAAGUACGAGACUUUUCCUCUGUCCACGGUCAGCACAGAGGUUUCCAAGGCCUCCCUUCAUAGUGAAGGGGGUACCAGUAUCCCUGUGUGAUGGCUGGAUCCAAGGCCGGACUUCCCAAGAGCAAGCACCCCUUUCCUCAACACUGGGCAAAGCGUGGAUUGGUGCCACUCUUUUGCGUUUGCAUCUUUCCGAAUCUUCUGUCUUCUGCUAUCUUAUAACCAAACGUAUAUCAGGGAUCAUUUUCAACUGCUGGGGACAGAGAGAGAAAGAGAGAAGCGACGUUUGACUGAAAUAGAGUGAUUUGGAGGCCUGGAGAACUUAAAUUUCUUAGGCCGCCGAUGCAUCGGCAGCUCGGAGAUCAGAUCUUCUCCUUGUCCCUGAACCCAAGUCUUUAUCUAAACCAGGGGUCUCCAAACUUGGCAACGUUAAGACUUGUGGACUUCAAUUCCCAGAAUUCUGGGAGUUGAAGUCCACAGGUCUCAAUUCUGGGACUUGAAGUCCACAAGUCUCAAUUCUGGGACUUGAAGUCCACAAGUCUUAAAGUUGCCAAGUUUGGAGACCCCUGAUCUAAACCCUGGGAGAUCUGAAAGCUUCGUAGAGAAUAUAAUUAUAUUAAAAUGAAUGCAGAUUAGGAGACCUUUUUUUUGAAGAAUUGCAUCACUUCCUAAUACGACCCAAGGCUCCUAAAUUACUUUACUUUGCAAGGUGACCAUCCACCUUCGUUUUCAAAAUCCUGGUGUGGGUGAGUUCGAUCCUAGGUAGAGGCGGAUAUUUUCUCUCUCUGGGCACAAUGAGAAUAUAUCUGCUGAAUAAAAUUCCGCAUUGGCAACAGGAAGGGCAUCCAGCCAGUAAAAACUCAUCUCCAUUCAGUUGCCCAGACUCCACCCUGCAAGGGAUUAUUGAGUCAUAAAAAGAGGAUGAUGAUCCUGUGCUUUUCAUUCAAGUGGGUCCUUUAUGGGGUGGGACAGACGUUUGCCCCUACCCCAGCCCCGUGAGCUGGGUGAGCUCCUCAGCUAAUACUCCCAUCAUUUUCAGUGGUGGGCCAGGAACUUAGAAAAGUCUUCGUUUCUGGACCACCCAUUCACCGUGGAAAGGGUUGCACACAGGGGAUAGGAUUGAAAAAUUUUAGCAACUGGUUCUCUGCCCAGUUGCUGAGUGGGUGUGGCCAUGGGGGCGUGGCUUACUCGGCCUCCUGCACCAUGGUGGGGGGGGGUUGUUUUUGCCCUCCCCAGGCUCCGGAGGCUUUUCUCAAGCCUCCGGGAGGGCGAAAACAGCCUCUCCCGGACUCCGGAGGCCCACCGGAGGCUGGAAACAGGCCCAUUUCUCCCCGAUUCUUAACAAUAGUGUUCUGUCCCCGUUUCACACACACACACAAACAGACAGCCGGGGGUUAAAUAAACUGGCAGACAACCAAUUCUUCCGAUAAGACGCUUGGCAGCAACCCAGUAGCUGCUUGCCAAGAACUUUUACUCAAUAAACAAAAUACCCACAGUCAAGAAUUGUCCAGUUCGUAAAAUAAAUCCAAGGCCGAUAAUGUUGUUUCCAAAGAUGCAAUGUGACUCAAUAGUAGUUAGUUUUGUCUGUCACAGAGUCUGAAUGGCCACCUCACCCUUUUAUACCCUGUGGGGUGUGGUCCAGUGACUCAGCCUAAUCUCUGGCACCCCUUUUCUUCUGUUGCGCGCGCUUAUCUCUGCGACGCUGCCGAGGAUCCAGCCAAGACUCAUUUCCCUCAUCACUGUCCACCUUGGCUGCGUGGACGUGCUUGGCCCCGGCCCUAUCUCUUGCCCUUCGGUGGACACUGAAGGCAUUGCCAGAAAGGAGGGUCCUGGAGAAGGAGGCCUUGCCAACUCCUCUCCUUCACUCUCGGAGUCCUCUCCUGCCGAUGACACAGGCUCAGGUAACGGAGCCACAACAAAUAGCAACAUAUUUUCUCCACUGUCUGCUUCAGUGGUGGGUUUCAAAAAUGUUCACUACCGGUUCUGUGGGUGAGGCUUGGUGGGCGUAGCAUGGCUUGGUGGGCAUGGCAGGGAAGUAUACUGUAAAAUCCCCAUUCCCUCCUCACUCCAGGGGAAGGAUACUGCAAAAUUCCCAUUUCCUCCUGAUUAUCAGGGACUCUGGAGGCAGAAAAUAGAUGGGGGAGGGGCCAGUCAGAAGAGGUAUUUACUGGUUUUCCGAACUACUCAAAAUUUCCACUACCAGUUCUCCAGAACCCGCUGAAACCCACCUCUGAUCUCCCUCCAGCCUAUUAAUGUAGUUCAGCCCUUUAAUUUCCAUUCUCUUUUUAUUUGGAAUAAUAAUAAUGAAAAUCAAACCUUUCCAUAGGUAAGAUAAAAAAAAAACCUGUUCAAAUGCCUUGCAUUGCCUGGACAGUUAUCGCCCCUUUAAUAUAAAUUCCGGGCAAAAUACAUUUCUUGUUCUCUAGAUUGGCAUUUGAUCCUGCAUAAAGCUGAUUUGGUGCAGAUUACAAAAUUGGCUCAAUCGAGUUUGGGACUUUUAAAAGCUCUGGCUCACUUUCUCCAUCUGAACUACUGCCCAAUUUUCGCUUCAUUGCACAAGCGCUUGGGAAAUCUGAGGAAUGGAAUUGUCCACUUGCCAUCGAUGUUCCAAUGGUGUAAUCCGGUUGAGGGCAAUGGGUCUACAUUGUGUAAAUCAGGACAGUGGGGUGUGGCUUUGGAACUGCAAUCUGUUCAAUGGCUACGAGGAAAAAGCAUAUUAAAUAUGUGGGGAUUUUUUUAAAAAAAAUUACGUUAAUUAAAUCACUUCUGUUAACUUAAAGGUGAAGGUAAAGGUUCCCCUCGCAUAUAUGUGCUAGUCGUUCCCGACUCUAGGGGGCGGUGCUCAUCUCUGUUUCAAAGCCGAAGAGCCAGCGCUGUCCGAAGACGUCUCCGUGGUCAUGUGGCCGGCAUGACUCAACGCCAAAGGCGCACGGAACGCUGUUCCCUUCCCACCAAAGGGGGUCCCUAUUUUUCUACUUCCAUUUUUUACCUGCUUUCCAACUUCUAGGUUGGCAGAAGCUGGGACAAGGAACGGGAGCUCACCCCAUUACGCAGCACUAGGGAUUCGAACCGCUGAACUGCUGACCUUUCGAUUAACAAGCUCAGCGUCUGAGCCACUGCGUCCCCAUUCUGUUAACUUACGUUCAUCUAAAUCAUUUAAAUGUGACUUAGAUUUCAAUGCACCCGAAUUCAAAUUUUGUUUUGGCGUUUAUUUUUUUUUUUUUCCUGGCCACUCUUCCACCCCCUCCCAAACUCUGCGCAUUGACUGUGAUCCAAGCGAGCUUCUUAGCCAAGAUUUCCUCCCACUGGAAGGGAACAUCCAUCCCUGAAGGGGUUUUUACAUUUUACACUCCGUUUCAAAUUCGCUGGCCACCAGUCACUCCAGCAAGACAUUUACACGGUCACUUCGGGCAACAGAUUUGCAGCAGCAAUAUUAUCGCUGGAUUUUCACUACCCCAAAGGUUUUCCUUUUUCAUAUAUAAUAAAGCGUGGCUGAUCCACAGUGCUAAAUUCCUGAAUUUGGAUGAAUUCAGGUGAUGGAGGGAACAAACACCAAAACUGAAUGCAAUAUUCCAAGUCUGGUCUUACCAAGCCAUUAUAAAGUGAUAUUAACACUUCACGUGAUCUUGAUUCUAUCCCUCUGUUGAUGCAGCCUAGAACUGUGUUGGCUUUUUUGGCAGCUGCUGCACACAGCUGGCUCCUAUUUAAAUGGUUGUCCACUAGGACUCCCAAGAUCCCUCUCACAGUUACUACUAUUGAGUCAGGUAUCUCAUAUACUGUACUCUGUGCAUUUUGUUUUUCUUGCCUAAAUUUUCUUGCUUUCCUUUCUGGUUUUCCUGCCCUGACAAAAAUGCUGCAAUAUUUGGGACGCAAAAAUUACCCCAGGAAUUUUUGCAUCCUGGUGAUAACUAUUUUCUUGAGCAUGACAAAAUAAUUACAAGCAGUUAAGCAUUCGAGAAUAUGUGUCCAAGCUAACAGUGUGCUUCCAAUCUUCAGUAUCCGCUGAAUAUGUUAAUAUAGUGAAUGGUGGCAUUUCGAUGGAUUCAAGAGGCAGGAGAUUUCCCAGCCAAUAGCAUUUAUGUCUCCUUUGUAGAAUUGCAAAGGCAUCACACAUUAAUUAGCAAGGAGAAGCGAAAGCUGAUUGUCAUUUCCUCUGGACGUGUAAGGGAUAUUUCGAAAUAUCCUCCAGAUUGUGCAUGAAGGAAGGGAACGGUGUGUACGGAUUCCAUUUGCCGGUGGACAACUAAGGUGAUGUACUGAGAAAUAAGGAGUCUUUAGCCAUCCUGAAGAAGAAAUCUGUCCUCUAACCCAGCGGUCAACAACUGAUUGCCCGUGGACCACUGGUGGUCUGUGAAAAAAUUUUGGUGGUCCGCAGAAAAAUUAUUUGCAUUUUUUAUAUUGCACUAAAUCGGGGAUCCUCAAACUACGGCCCCUGGGACAGAUACGUGCAAUGAACGUUUGUGUUGCUGCAGAGAGUCUUCCCCCUUUGGGGUCUUUUUGUGUGGAUUGGAGGGGAGCAGAAAUUCCGAUUUGGGGUCUGCUUCAGCCUCCUGGUGUGGGGCUUUGGGCGAAGGCUGGAAGGAAGAGCCGCUGGUGGCGAAGAGCCGGAGGGCCUCAUUCUAGUGGGACUGCAUCAUGGCCUGGAACUGGCUGACCAUCUCAGCCCGCUGAGCCUCCAGGCGCCGGUACCUGGCCUUGCACUCCCGCAGGUUUUCCCUCUGCUUGGAAAGCCUAUGCUCCUAGUCCUCAGUGAGGUGCUUCUGCUGAGCCUCCUUCUCGGUCAGAUCCAACUUGAACUGAACUGUUUUGCCAACUCUUUCUCGUGGAGGCUGCUUAGCUCCAACAACUGCUUCCUGUUGGGGCCCUAAGGAGUCCAGAUGGGGAGGCGAGGAGUGGUAGGAGGGGAGGGGUGAGUAGAGGCCAGCGAGGCACCCCUCGACGUAAGUGACAUUGAGUUGGCCACGCCCACCCAGUCACAUGACCACCUAGCCACGCCUACCCAUCCGGUCAUUAGGCAGAUCGUAUUAGUGGUCCGCGGGAUUUAAAAUUAUGAAUUUAGUGGUCCCUGAGGUCCGAAAGGUUGGUGAUCCCUGAUCUAAUCAGAUUGGAUGUGGGGAGAGAAGCCUACCUCAAAUACUAGACAGAAGAGAGGAUCUGAGUUUCAGCCUCUUAAGAUCCUGAGUUUAGACAACAAACGGAUGUUGCAGUUAAUAUGAGUCCUUCGGGAGAAGGGCGGUCUAUAAAUUUGAUAAUAAAUAAAUAAAUAAAUAAAUAAUAUAACCCCUGUAGAUCUACACCACGUUGAAUUACACGUCGAACCUCGUCUUACAACCACAAUCAACCCCAAAAUUUCCACAACUAAGCGAGACAGUGGCGAAGUGAGUUUUUGCCCUAUUUUACGACCGUUCUUGCCACAACCAGCAGUGCGAUUGUUAAGUGAAUCUAGCUCCUCCAUUGACUUUGCUUGCCAGAAGGUCGCGAAAGGGCGAUCACAUGACCCUGGGACGCUCCAACCGUCGUAAAUACUGAGCCAAGCGUCCAAAUUUUUAUCAUGUGACCAUGGGGAUGUCACGACGGUGGUGUGGGAAAAUGGUGAUAAGUCACUUUUUCCAGUGCUGUUAUGACUUCGAACCGAUGCUAGAUGAAUAGGACUAGCUGUAGUGAGUUUAGGAGAAAAACGAACGGUGCAAUUAUUGUAGAUCAAUAUUAUUAUUGAUGAUGAUAAUAAUAAUAUUGAUUAUUAUUAAUAAUCUCUAGAAAAAGGGCAGAGAAGAGCAACCAGGAGGAUUACGGGACUGGAGGCUAAAACAUACGAAGAACGGUUGCAGGAACUGGGCAUGGCUAGUCUAGUGAAGAGAAGGACCAGGGGAGACAGGAUAGCAUCUUCCAAUAUUUGAGGGGCUGCCACAGAGAGGAGGAAGGGGGUCAAGCUAUUUUCUGAAGCACUCGAAGGCCAGACAAGGAACAAUGGAUGGAAACUGAUCAAGGAGAGAUUCAACCUGGAAAUAAGGAGGAAUUUUCUGAGAGUGAGAACAAUCAACCCAUGGAACAGAAGUUGCCUUCAGAAGUUGUGGGAGCUUCAUCACUGGAGGCUUUCAAGAAGAGAUUGGACUGCCAUCGGUCAGAAAUGGUGUAGGGUCUCCUGCUUUGGCUGGGGGUUGGACUAGAUGACCUACAAGGUCCCUUCCAACUCUGUUAAUCUGUAAUAUUAUUUUGAAUUAAGGCAGGAGAGGAAAUGACAGGACAUUUUAUGGUCCCAGCCCUUUUCCCGAAACUCAGAAAUCCUUGAACAUACCCAGGCUACAUAUUCACUUAUAUUAUGUUUCAACCGGCUUCUCCGUCAUGACUUCCUCCCAAAUAUUUUCCUGGAAAAUGUGGGUUAAGAAGGUACUUAAGCCACUCAAUCAAGCCAUCGCUGAUGAGGCAAAGCUGUGAAAUACAGGAAGUUUUGUUCAUUUUUAUUUAUUUUUUUUAAAAGCAAUCAUUUCAGGAAUGGUUUGGCAGCAUUGUUGUUGUUAAAAAACGUUUUGUAUAUAGUUUGGGUCUCCCAAGACACUGCACAUAUGUUUUCUGUCUCAAAAUGGUGGAAAGUUUGCCAGUAAUUUUUAGAAAGGAUGGUUAGUUACGAUCACCAGGCCCUCAAAAGAUCCUGGGAUAGGUUUAGCCCUGCACUAAACUACAGCUAGACCUCAGCUUACGACCACAUUUGAGGCCAACAUUCCUGUCGCUAUUUGAGAGACAUUUGUUAAGUGAGUUUUGCCUCAUUUCACGGCCUUUUCAUGACACAGUUGUUAAGUGGAUCACGGCGGAUGUUAAAUGAGUCACACGGUUGUUAAGUGAAUCUGGCUUCCCCGUGGACUUUGCUCGUAAAAGUUGAUCACAUGAUACCCCCACCCCACCCCAGGACAUUGCAACCACUAAAUGAAUUGUUGUAAGUCGAGUAUUCUGCUGUUUUCGGUUAGUGUCAAAUUUUUCUGCAAAAGGGACAACUAUUUCUCAACCUUGACCGCUGGACGAUGU